AGUAAAGUUGGUAUACCUGCAGGGGAUAUAUUUAAAGUUGAUUUCCAAAGUAACUACCGAUAAGGUAGUGAAAAGAAAUAAGUUAAUCGUUCAUAAUGUAUAAACAAUAGUAUAUCGAUAACAUAGAACGUGAUUUAAUGAACAAAGCAAAAUACAUCAAAAGGAGUCAGAAAAUUUUUGAGUUGUAACGGCCAUCCUCCUUGUACUGCGUUUCAACAGCAUGGCGCUUGAAGAAAAUAAAAAUAAAUAUUCUAACAUAGAGUAUGUACGUACGAAUAUGCUUUGGAUGGACAUAAAGAUUGUUGAUCCUGAAAUGGAAACCUUAAUGAAACAAAUUAAUGAGGAGCAAACAAAAUUAAAGGAAGCACUGCGUGAGAAACUGUAUUUAAUAAGAUUUGAUACUGAUUUUGUACAGAAAGAAAAUGAACAAUUAAAAGAUUGGUUAAGCUUUAAAGGAAUACAAUUUGAGGUAAAGAAGGAGCAUUCAAGCAUUGAUGCACCAAAUGAAAUUCUUAUAAAGGAGGAACUAAUACAUAAUGUAACAAAUGCGAAUGAACACCACGUAGAAAAGUUUAAUGAUCAAAUUUCAGAAAAAUUUAGUCAUAUAGAGAAAAGUAAUAAUAAAUCAGCUCAAGAGAUAACGGAUACCAAAGAAGAAACUAAUAGAUUGAAGAGUUGCUACGUAAAGCUAAAUAAAAAGGAAAGUAAAGAUUAUAAAGAAAGUAAAGAUGACAGUUUGAAGAAAGAUAGUCAAAAUAUGAAUAUAAAGGUUGAUGUUUCCAAUGUUAAUAAUCAAAAUAAAGAUGAAGAAUCUGCUAUUGCAAAAAGAACACGUAAAAGUACACAAGUAAACAUAUCGGUUGAAAAUAUUUGGUUGAGCGAAAAGAAAUCUAAACAUGGUAUGGAAAGACUUAGACUUGUUAAAAAUUAUAAAACGACUAAUAAAAGGAAAAAAAAUACCAAAAGGAAGAUAGAAGGAGUACAAAAUAAAGAGGAUAUUGAUAUUCUAGAUCAACCUUAAGGAUUUUACUCUAAUAAAGUUCUAUAAUAGAGUAAUUUAUAACACAAAAAUACAGUUACAUUACAUAUUUUAAUGUAAGAUUUAUUUAAAGAUGUAUCUUAUAAUUAUUUCUUAUAUACUACUUUAUUUUGCUCUAACAUAAAAUUACAAUUAUGCUAAUGUAUUUAAAAUUAAAAUAAUCUCAUUAUUUUCUUAUGUUUUGGGUAAUAAUUUAUUACUCUGACCAAUGAAGAUGUUUGGAUUAAUACAUGCAUACAAAGUAUGAAAUGCAGGGUAUACAAUGAAGAUAUUUACUUUUGGUACAUGCACUUUUUGUAUGGUCAAAUCUAAUAUUGUAUAUAAGUGUUAAAUUAGUAACAAAUAGGAAACAUAAAUGCUAUUGAUAGUUGACACGAAUUAUAUAAAUUUUAUUAAAUAAUGACAUAUUAAAAAUUUAUUGAAUACAGUUUCUCAGGGCAGUAGAUUUCAUAAAUGUGAUGUAAUUACAUCAGGUACAAAUUUAAUGUGAAAUAUGCACCUGAGAUAUAUUAAAUUUAAUUGUAAAGCAUAGGAAUAAAAUGUUUUGAAUAUA